AUUCUGUAGGCAGGUUCACGGUAUGAGACACGUCCUGUUUCUGGGGAAGACCUUUAAGUGUUGACUGAGUAAUUGCGCGCAUCAUCGCGUAAAACGGUUGACGCAAUUUGUGGAUUUCUCCUUUCCAGAUGCGAUAACCCCGGAACACGCGUGUGAUCCGUUGGUGUGAUCUUAUCUCUGCAAAAAUGUUCAAUAAAAACAGGCUUCUCUCUAUCACAGAGUCUGAGGAGCGGUUGAACGGGAGGAUAUGAUUUUCAUAACACUUCACAAAUGGCUCGAGUGAGUGGCGUGGGAUUAAAAGCGGCAAUCUGAAGAAUUGAUGGAGUGUCAUUCGGAGACCUCUUGGUUACGAACGUCCUACACUCGUUGAGAAACAUGAGGUUGGAAAGAUGAACAUGUCUGAGGAGCAAAUCAACUGCACUAUAAGCCACGAGAUUCACCAGUACCUGUUUUCAGGUGCGUACAUCCUAGUCCUGCUAGUGGGUCUUCCCGCCAAUGGUUACUCGCUCUACCAUGCCUGGCUGCAACUAAAAGCCCGCAAUGAGCUAGGGGUCUACUUAUUGAACCUGACCAUAUCGGAUCUGCUGUACCUGGCCUCCUUGCCCCUCUGGCUCCAGUACAUUUUCCAGGGGGACGACUGGAGCGGCUCGGAGUGGCUCUGUCAGCUGUGUGGUUUCCUGCUCUACGAGAACAUCUAUGUCAGCAUUGGUUUUCUGUGUUGUAUCUCCAUCGACCGCUACCUUGCAGUGGUCUACCCCUUCCGCUUCUCCGCUUUCAGGACGGUACGAGCAGCAGCACUGGUCAGUACGGUGGUCUGGCUCAAAGAGCUUGCCGUAGCAGUGGUGUUUUUCCGGCAUAAGGAGCUCAGCAAGGACAAGCAUAACCAAUCGGUGUGCUUUGAGCACUAUCCCAUGAAGACAUGGGAGUACUCAAUAAACUACUACCGUUUUUACAUAGGCUUCCUGUUCCCUUUAGGAAUUCUCUCAGUGUCGUACUUUCGAGUCCUCCGAGCUGUGGGCAAGAGUGCGGGCACGCAGACUGCCCAGAAAACGCGCAUCAAGUACCUGGUGACCAGCACCAUUGUCAUCUUCCUGGUGUGCUUCUCGCCUUACCACGUCUUCCUGCUGGUGCGCACUGUAUUUGAGCGGGACUGCGCGUUCAUUGAGAACGUUUUCAAUUACUACCAUUUCUCGCUAUUGCUUACUAGCUUUAACUGCGUGGCAGACCCGGCGCUCUACUGUUUUAUCAGUGAAAAUGCACAAAAGGACAUCCAGAAGGCUCAGGAUGCUUGUACUCGGGUCAUCUGCUGCUGCUCAAAAAAUCAUGGAAGGUUCAACACCCACUCCACUGAGCUGGCAGUCACCAAUGAUAAUGUUACAGGCACGUCAGUCGUGACACUCUUGCAGCAGAUCAAAACUGAAGUUUGAACUUUUUCAUGCCGUUUAGCUACAGGCUCUUCGGUGGACAAACACAUGGAAGCAUCCUAGAUGUAUAGACACAAAGUCAACAUACAGUUGGCUAAAACAUCAUUCUUUGCUGUUUUAGAGUCAUAUUGCAUUAUGUCAUGGUUUUGGUAAGUUAACAUUAUACUGUUAUGUGGUGUAAUUCUCAGGGAUUGCUACCUUGAUAAUGAUCUGUGGUUGACAUUUGAGGUUUCAAUAUCUAAUGAUCUAAAAAUGUACGAUUUUAAAUGUACUGUAUACUGUUCCAAGUCCCUUUAGCUACAUUUGCAUGUAGCGGUUAGACAUGGUGUCCAAGAUUAAAGUCAUUUCUGCUUUCAUACCUCAUAGGUUUCAGUUCCUGGGACUCAUUUAUAAAAUGUCACAUAUACAUUUGAUCUUACGAUCAUUUCUCAAAUUUGCAUACACAUGACUCAAAGAAUACAACAUCUCUUCCAGAUGUGCAAUCUAUUAAUCGCAAAUGAUCUUGAAACUGAAUGGUUUCAGAUCUCAGCCCUGUAAUUUCAUUUACUUAAAAGAUCAGUCAACGUCCAAAUUCUUUACUCGAGAAAGGCAAGCAAGAAUGGUUAAAAAUCCAAAUGCCUGCAGUUCUCUGACUCUCUGAAAAGUGCGUAAUGUCUGCUUAGACCCUGACGUUUUCUACAUCAAAGACUUAAAAAAAAUAUGAACGUUGGCGUGAAUUUUAGCAUUCACACAUUCUAAGAUCAAAUCUGUGCAUACACCCAUUUUAUUAAUGAGGCUCCCAGUGAUAGACUGCUAGCAUGACAGGAAACUGCUUUCAUCAUCUUCACUAUAAGUUUAAUGAACUAAUGUGGUAAUACUUAUAGAGAUUGAUUGGAGCUUUAAGGCCUAACCACUUAACAGUCACUGCAUGCUU